UCUCACUUAAAGUAGAAGCCUAUCCAGAAGAGGACUUCUCCACUGGCCGGAACACUGUAAUUCCUUAGCUCUGAUGGCCACAUGCCUCUCCUCCUCGCCAUUUCUCCGACUCACGGCGUCGCCCUUCAAGGGAAAUUUCGAUCGCCUCUGGCCAAGUGGUUCAUCCCUAUUCUCUUUCUAUGGAGCACGAGUUCAGUCUCUUUCAUCCUUCUCGCCGGUGAAGCCUUUAAUCCGUUGCCGGGCCGCAUCUAUCUCUGAGCUGGAGGCCGCUUCAUCAACUUCGCCUGCGAGGUUUCGGCUGAACAAUCUAGGACCUCAGCCGGGAUCAAGGAAGAGGAGCAAGAGGAAGGGACGGGGUAUCGCGGCCGGGCAGGGGAAUAGUUGUGGGUUUGGCAUGAGGGGGCAGAAGUCCAGGUCUGGUCCCGGGGUGCGGAAGGGUUUCGAGGGUGGGCAGAUGCCCCUCUACCGGCGGAUUCCUAAGCUUCGCGGAAUUGCUGGAGGCAUGCAUGCUGGAUUACCAAAAUUUGUUCCUGUUAAUUUGAAAGACAUUGAAGCUGCUGGUUUCAAGGAGGGCGAUGAAGUAUCACUGGAAUCAUUAAAAAAGAAGGGCGUGAUCAACCCCUCUGGCAGAGAAAGGAGCCUACCUUUGAAGAUUCUAGCUGAUGGUGAUUUGUCUGUCAAGCUGAGCAUAAAGGCUCGAUCCUUCUCAGCAGCGGCAAGAGAGAAGCUUGUGUCUGCUGGUUGCAACCUCACUGUCUUGCCUGGUCGAAAGAAGUGGCUGAAGCCAUCAGUAGUAAAGAACCUUGCUCGUGCUGAAGAGUAUUUUGCCAAGAGAAGAGCUACUGGGACUGCAGCAGAGGUCGCCUCAGUUUCUAAUUAAGAAUCAAGAAUUCCGACGCUUCUAUGUUUUGAUUUUUCUUUCUUUUUUAUGAAAAAAUCUGAGGCUUCUGUUGUGUUUACUCUUGCAUAGUAUUUUCCCUCUUAA